UCAGCGCUUGUUUUUGGCCCUCAGAGCACCAGAAGAAGCGCUUCCGGUAAAACGCAGCAGCGUUGCGAGUGCUAGCAGWUUUUGUGAAGGUCGUCUGCGUUGCUGUGAUCAACCAUGUCACUGCCAAAGCCAGUGAUGAGGGGACUGUUGGACAAACGCAUGAGGUUUCAUGUAGCCGUUGGGGCUGUUCUGUCCAUUGCAGCUGUUAUUGCCUUCAAGUACGGAGUGGUAGAACGUAGGAAGAAAGCCUAUGCUGACUUCUACAAAAACUACGACCUUGAAAAAGAGUUCAACGCCAUGAGGGAAGCAGGUGUCUUUGAGAGUGUGCGGCCUUCUGGGGAGUAAAGCUGCUGUAAGUGAUUCACUCUGCUGUCCUGUCAUUCAUUCCUGGUUUGAAGAUGUGUCCCCUUUGAUGGGUCAGAUGUGAACAUUGUUCUUCUGUUUGUUCCCCUUAAAUAAAAUAUUCUAUUGAUGAUU